AUGGACAUUGUUCAGCCAGCCUCCACAGAAAUCACAACUGCUAAGAAAUCCUCGGAGAAAAUACCCAGUGUCCUUCUGGACAGCCUUGUGGAGGAACCUGAAAAAAGACCUGUCCCUAAUCAUCUGUUGGAAACAAAGAUCUUUUCAGAGCUUCAGAGGAGCAAGUUUAUACAGGCUGAGCCUGCUGUGUUACACUAUGGCGGAUAUGAAGUUGGAAAACAUCACCAACAGAAGCUGAAGCUGAUAAAUAUUUCUGGCGAUGUAAUAAGCCUUCGCAUAAUACCACCCCAGACAAAGUAUUUUCAGAUCAAAUACACCAAAACACACCAGCUUGUCCCUGGCUUUUCGUAUGCAGUUACUGUUGACUUCUGUCCUGAUGAGUGGCGGUAUUACUAUGACUGCAUCCGAAUUCACUGUCAGGGAGAAGAUACAUUACUCAUUCCUGUGCAUGCCUACCCUGCUGUGAAUGUAGAACUGCCAUCAUUUAUAAAUCUGUCUGAUGUGUCAGUUGGUAAGAGUAAGGAGUAUGUUAUCCCCUUACAGUGCAGCUGUCCAGUAGAUUUUGAAUUCUACAUUGAUAUUAUUCAGCCUCACAGAGCCUUCACUGUCCAGCCAACAUUUGGAAUCAUUCCAGGCAAUGGGAAAGUGGAAGUGACUGUGAAAUAUUCCCCGCUUGAGUAUGCAACGGCACGAAUGACCAUGCAGUUACGGAUUGCACAGUUUCACUCAAAACCCUAUGUAUGUGUAUUCACAGGAACAUCAACACCACAUCUGGGUCUAAUAAAAGAACAAUUUGACAAGCAACGAAGUCCGGAGAAAAAAACUGCAUCUGCAGGGAAAUCCAUGGUGUGGAGAAGAGAACAACUCAGCCAAUCACAAUCUACACCUAUUCAGAGCGUAAAGGAAAUUCAAUACCAGAACUUCAGAUUCCCUACAGACUUGUCGAAUCCAUAUGCUGUAGCUACUGUUUUGAAUCAGGACCCAGGCAAGCUGAAGAUUAAGAGCUUGAAAGAAGCCUUUUGCCGAGGCAGUGAAGGGGUAAAGACAAGACAGAUGAAGGAAGCAGUAUUUCAACUAAGAAUAAAACAAAAUGUUCAGGAGGAGGAAGCAAAUUAUCUGAAGUGGCAAGCUCGAAAAGGCAAAGAUCCAGUCUCUGUGGAAUUUACAAAAGAGGUGAUUGAAAACCGACAGAGGGAAGAAGAGCAAUACAAGAUCCAAAGAGGAGAUCCUAUCAUAGAACAGGAGUUUCAGAGGAGUGAAGUAGAAGUUUCUUCCAGACGCGUUAUCCGGCCCGUGGACCAGUAUCCAAGUGUCCAUCCCACAUUUGACUUGCUUCAGAAUGACCCCUGGUACAACAGAAAGAGGAUGUUGAGGAAAUUCCAACAAGCAGCAUACAAGGUUGUGAGUCAGAUUCGGCUAAAUCAUUUACUGCUUCUGUUCCGUGGGCUAACCAGAGAAGCCAGAGGUUUGGAGGAAGGCUGUGCAUCUGAAGGCAAGAGUUUCAGCAGACCAGAGAAGAGUGAAGAAUAUCAGCGCUUUACUUCCAGCAUAUCUGAAGAUCGUAUCUUGCCAUUUGAGUUCCCUUUUCACACUUCCCAGGAAUUCCACCAUGAGUUGGCACCUGAUGCUCUUGGCCCAGUCCCUGUUGGACCUGUAGAUGUGAAAGUCGGACACUUUCUUCCUUUUUAUGACUUAAAGGUUCCUCAGCAUUUCAGAAUUAUGAAUUACCAGCCAGUUUGUACACACUAUGCAGCCACAAGUUACAAACCUCAACAACUUAACCGACCGCUGAGGCAGGGAGCCCAGGAUGAGUUGAUUCAAGUAGCUGCUGCAGAAGAAGCAGCAGAAAGGGGUAUCAGCCUCUUAAAGUUGGUUCCUCCCCAAGCUUUAGUCCACCCUGCAGAGGGCAGCCCACUUCGCAUUUUUAACCCCACUCCAGGACUAGUUGCAGUUUUACCUCCUUUGGCCUACUCUGAAACAGAUAUUGAAUAUCAUCUCUGCCCUCAUCCAAAAUAUACCUUUACCAAGGAAUGUCCCAAAGGAUCCAGUAUUCCAGUCACACAGAAGAAAUUUCUGCAUCAUGAGGAAGUGAUCUGUGGAGUAAUGGAAUGGAGAAGAUUCUUGCCUGUGGUGUAUUCUGCUUUUUCUGACACUCCCACAUUGCCAAGUAUAACACUGAGGGAUCCUUACAGUUCAGAUAUGCUUCCAAGAGAUGUACCACCUGUGCUGUAUGACUUGCCUGAGAGAGACAGGGAGAAUGUAAUUGACAGUGAGGCAGAUGAAGAUGAAUUCAAAAUGAUUCUCACUCCAGAGAUGGUGAGAGCUGAAUUUCCUCAAAUUGGGCAGACAAAAGAAGAAAGAGACCUGCACAACAGUCCAGAUGGACACCUUCAGUGCCAGAAGGAGCUCAGAGAGAACGUUCAAAAACACAUGGAGAAAAUGAAGCUGAAGGCACUUAAUAAAACCCUUAUUCUGGGAUUAGAGUAG